CACCCUGUGUUUUUAGGUAGCCUACUGGUUAUGCCCCUGUUUACGGAGGACUGAUACUCUGUUACUGCCUAUAGAGGACACUGUGUCACUGUCUGUUGAAUGUGGAUCUCUCUCUCUCUCUCUCUCUCUCUCUCUCUCUCUCUCUCUCUCCGUUACUGUGUCUCCUCCCCUGAUCAUCCCGUCCUGGCACCGGCUCCGGUCUCCUGCUUCAAACGUUGUGUUAAUGUGUCUUGAAAAUGAACUUUGAGCCGUGGAUGCUGUUGAAAGUGAAAGACACGAGCACUCCUGCGCUGUAACCUAGGAGAGAUUUGCUCCAGCGGGUAUUAAGGGCAGCUCAAGCUUAUUUGGGUCAGCCGGCUUGUGCGUUAGGAUUCACACGUCCUCUAACAGCAGUAUUCUGUAAUGGAUCUAUUUUGUAGAUCACCGUCGACGCUCGGUUACAAGCUGCUUUUCUGAACAAUUUUGGAAAUCGCUGGGAAUAUGGACGGGGCAGAUGCGAGCCAGCUGACGGACGAUGAGCUGCUGAUGCUAGGGAAGGAGGACCUGGUCCGGAGGCUGAGGAGACUGGAGAGCCGCAACAUGGACCUGAUGCUGGAGCACGGAAACAUGAUGAAGGACGUGAACCGGAGCCUGCAAGUCCACCUCCACGAGAUCCGGAGCCUGAAAGAGGUGAACCAGAAGCUGCAGGACGACAACCACGAGCUGCGAGAGCUCUGCUGCUUUCUGGACGACGACCGGCAAAAGGGAAAAAAGCUGUCCCGGGAGUGGCAGCGCUUCGGCCGCUACACGGCCAGCGUCCUGUGGAAAGAUGUGGCGCUGUACCAGCAGAAGCUGAAGGAGCUGGAGGCCGGCCAGGAGGCGCUGAAGACGGAGAACCUGGAGCUGAAGGAGAUCGUGCUCAUGCUGGAUGAGGAGAGGAGCGGAGCCGGCUCCCGUAGCUCCAUCGACAGUCAGUCCAGCCUGAGCAACUUGAACGGCUCAGUCCCGGUUCGGGACGUCGGGGAUGGAAGUAGUACGUCUAGUACUGGGAGCGUCGGUAGUCCCGACCACCACCACAGCCACAUCCACAAACCAUCUGAUGGCAAGAUGGCAUCUCUGAGAAGGUCUAUGGACGACCUGUCCGUCUCUCACUUCCACAGAGCCAGCAGUGGACUCAACGAUGCAUCAGCCAGCUACAUCAGGCAGCUGGAGAACAGAGUGCGGAUGCUGGAGGAUGACAACAAGCAGUUACUGUCACAGGUGAAUGGUGGGGAAGUGAAGAUGUUGAGGAAGAAUUUGUCUUUUUACCACUCGGAGUCACAGCUCUCACAGUACCAGGACAGCAUGCUCAAUGGUGCUGUUCAAACACCCAGUGAUGAACCCUCCCCUACAGGGACCUACCUCCCCCCGGGGCAUAAACCAGAGGCUGUAGUCCAUGCUAUGAAGGUGCUGGAAGUCCAUGAGAACCUGGACAGGCAGAUCUCUGAGGACUAUGAUGAAGAUCUCAGUGAGAAAGAAAAGGCCAUUGUCAGAGAGAUGUGCAAUGUGGUUUGGAGAAAGCUGGGUGAUGCUGCUGGGUCAAAGCCUUCAGUCCGACAGCAGCUUUCAGGCAACCAAUACAAAGGACCUUUAUAGCUGGGAGACAACAAGCAAAGUCAUCAGUGAUCCCAGCACAUCUACACCACCAGACUGGACUGGAAGGCCUCAGCACUUACUAUCAAACUACAGCUUCCUCAGCCCAACUGAAACCCCUGGGCCACGUCAAAAUGGACGCUCCUACAUCUCAGUCUUACCAUGUCAUGUUCCCCUAAUGCCAAGACUGAAGACUUGCCUAGGCUCAGAUCUGCUGUGCAGCUGUUUGAAGGAUGACAUUGCAGGGUUUGGCUACCCAUGCCAGCCAUUUUCUAGAGCCAAUUCCUAGAUGUGAGUGACAGAGACGACAGCAGCAGAAUUUUCAAAUGGCCAUGUUGGGCAGGACUCUGCACUUUGAGUUCACACUGCAAGCAGCUUGGUUGAUAGGCCACUCUCUUCUGGCCAGCUAUUAGUGGCACAAGAAGCCGUGAUUGCAUGUAGUGAUCUGCAGUAAGCUAGGUAUUUGCACACAUCACGCAUUUUUUGUUACUUUGGUAUAGACCUUUUCACAGCAGCCAUUUUGACAUAAUAUUAGGUAAACACAGGUAUUACUGAUCAGUGUAGGAAUGGCCUGUUCCACUAAAGUUCAGCAGAACUGGCUCUGACAGGCUCUGGAGCACUUGAAUGGAACAGAACCUGACUUCAUGUCAUUAGAAAUAGCUGAGCUUACCCUGCAAUUUCAUGUCAAAAUGGCUGCUGUGAAAACAAUUAUGCCUUUAAUAAGGAUAUUACAUUACUGGUACCCAGUGUAAUGUGUAACACCACUAGUGGUGUUAUACUGCAUUGAUAAAUCAGUUUCUGUUUUGUUUACAUCACAGGCUCUUCCAGCACGCUAUGAGCAUGGGGGCAACAUAUUCCACACCUCAGUGUAAAUCAUAUAACUUUCAAAAUAUUCCAGAAUAAAGCUUUGCCAAUAUCUUUUGAGAUAGGAAAUGUAUUCAACAUUUAUUAGGGUUUAGGCUUGAGAUAUUUGUAAGGCAGACAAAACCAAAUGCGUUUACAAGUUAACAUUGGGUACCUUUAAUGCAGUGAGUUAGCUAGCAAGUGUUAUUUUGAUAGCAAUGUGUGUGCCAUACACAAAAUUGCCAAGACAUGAGGACCAUUAAGACUAAACUGUCAAAAUACAAAGGAUUAGCAUGUAAUUUAAUGGUUGAGUCAACAUGGUUCUCAAUGGUGGACUGACUCACUGAUUACGAGCUUUUUCCAUAUUUUUUUGUCAGUAGAAUCUAUCCUUGGUAUUUUGGCAUAGUGUACCUGUACUAUAAAGAGAAUUCAUUACUUUAGUCAUUCUCCAAACAUAUUUCAGAUAAAGGUUCUUGAAAAGUGGGAAGCUCUGAAUGGCUACAAUCAGCUUACUGAUUUACAUUUGCUAAAUUCAUAAAAUUGCAUCAGAAAGAAACUGAGGAAUCUGAUUGACCAUUGAUGGUUGUCAGUUGACAAGCUUGUUGACUGUUCACACAUCAGUCAUGUUUCUGAGGUUGUUCAUCUGCAUAGAACAAUCGACUUCUGGUGACAAGUUGAUCAUGGUAGUUGCAGUGUGAGCUCAUAGUAAGAGGCAUUCAGAAAGCCUGUGACAGGCAGACUGAAUCUCUAUCACUUCAUCCAAGCCAGGACCCUUGUUUCAAUGUUCACUUCUAAGUAUUCGAGGCUGACUGCCACACACAAUAUGGACAUGCAGUAUUACAACUUGGUUAACAUGGAAUGAAAAAUGAGUAUGCUUCAGUAUUGCCUACUAUACAAAAAUAUUCCCAAGCUAUAUGUAUGAAGACAACACUGAUCAUUUAGUGUCACCAAAAAUUAAGUAAUAUUUGAAAAGACACAAAUUGACCAGGAAGAAACCCCUUUAACAUUUGUAUUUAAUUAGUAGGAUGACAGAAGUAUGCUACCUUGCCUGGUGUUGACUACAAUGGCAUAACAUCUCCUGUUUUGCACAUUGUGUGCAUGGCAAAUCAAAGGAUUUUAUCAGCAGGAUGAUACAACUGGAAACAUCUUGCAGUGCUAGCAGUGCUAGCUUUUUCAUGUAUGGUAUUAUCUCCUCACUUUAUGUAUGUGCUACUAUAAUGCACAUAGUACGAAGGUGCAUAGCUGGUUUUGCAAUGUAGAUUGUGAUUUGUGUUGUGUACAUAAUAUGUCCCAGAUGCUCUCAAAAGACCACAUAAAAGUUACUUGAGAGCUGUUUUAACUACCCAGCUACCACAGCAUAGAGGAAUACAAUGACUUCUGCACAAAUCAGCUCCUUGAUUAUCUUACCGUUGGUGAAACUGUCUGACAUGGUGUGUCCAGCGUGUAUUUAGUUUACUUUGUAUGUUUAGUGGAGGCUGACCUAGCAGCCAAAGCACUGUAGUGUUAAAAUACUGACCACUGUACAACAGUAAGUUGAUCAAAGACCUGAUUUUUCAUUAAGUGUCUUUAUUUCCUUGAGAGGAAACUGCACUCGAUUUAUCACUAUUUUGAGACACUUUCUAGACAUAGAAAAUAAGCCUAGAGGAUAACUUUUCUUAGCUUAGUUUAUCAUCCAUAAUUCUAUUCUAUUUCAUUCAGACCACUAAGACAUACAAGAAGGUAGCUAUUUUAAAUGUACUGUUACACAAUGUGAGAAAGGGAAGAUUGGUAUAAAAUUAGCAUCUGAAGUCAGCACUUAACAUAGACCUAACAGUUAUCGAAAACCCUUUUCCUUGCUGCCAUUUUAACAUGAAAAGCACGGUGAACACAGGUUUUACUAAUGACAUCAAUUACGGUUAUGUUCCAUUGAAGUCUAACAGAGCCAGGGACCAUCAUAAUGUUAUGCACACUGGCUUUGGUACACUUCAGUUGAAAUGUUCUUAGUAAUGCUUGUGUUUACCUUGCUGUUUCAUGUCAAAACGGCUACAGUGAAAAACUGGUACACAACAGUACCGGUCUUGCUGUAAAGUCGGUAAAGACUGCAAUACUCAAACAGUUUUUUGGGCAGGUUUAUGUGUGGAUGAACAAGUGACAAAAGAUGUGUUAUAUAUACAUAUAUUUUGGCAAAUCAAUAGUAACCAUACAAAAUACUGCCUGACUUGUCACUGCCUCACUGCAAAGCCCACAAAAAGUAGUGCUGACUUCUGCCCAUCUCAUAUUCAUAAUUAGAUGUCAUGACAGCUAAUGUAUAGUGCUACUUGUGUAAUAGAGUUGUGCCACAGUUAAGUCUAUAUAGGGAGAUAUUCCUCCUACAACAUGUGAGGCCACCUCCAGGGGAUGACGUUGAGCACUAAAACUGGGCAAAACAGUCAAAAGAACAGCAGUCAAUGAAAACUGAAAAAAGAAAUGGCCGCAUUUUUUAUUUUAUUUUAUUUUUUUAACUGUACAUUGGUGAAAAUCGUUUGACAAUGGUGCUUUGAAGAAUGAACUCUAGAAUGAUUGAAUGAAUGAGUAAAGAUCUAUUCUAUUUUGUUAAAAAAAUACCCCUGGUUAUACAAGUCAACACCACAUAGCCUCAAUGCAACUGGAGAUCUUCUGAAAUUGCCAUAAUUUUACGAUUGAUGUCACAUCAGCUUUAAACUCUGUCUUCAUUGUAAGUUUUGGGUCAUUUAACAAUGACAGUAAUAAUCCAGUUACUGGUAAGCAUUUGGAAUCAAAUGUGAUCAUUUACAGCAGAUAGGCCCAGUGACUGCCAUGGAUUUUACUCAGCAAGUGCUCAGCUCUGCCCCCGAUGGCCAAAAGACUGUACUGUAAUGGUCAUGGUUGGGCUGUUUUGUCUUUCUAGAGGUUUUGCCUGUACAGUGCAAUAGUCUAUCCUAGUUUUUCCUAUAGAAUAAAUAUAUAGUACCUAUAUACUGUAUAGCAGUACACAAUAAGGUAUGUAGGAGUCUGCAAGAUGGAGAUAUAAUUCAGAACUGAAGUUACAUGCUGCAUUCUACAUUUUUACUUGUCCUCAUAUUCGGACAAAAAUAUUUUUUGUCCACACCGAUAAAAGGAAUUUCCCCCGAAAUUCUUCAAGUUGGACACAUUGGUAAAGAUGUGAUGUGCGCACCAUGUGCUUUCUGUGCCGUCUUCAUAUUCUAUUCUUAUUGGAUAAGAGAACGUGUGAUUUUAUUGAAUGAGUGGCUGAGUUUCAGCAUAGUUCAAUGGCCUGAAUGCAGCAGGUGACUUGUGUUUGGUAACAAGGCUGAUUUUCAUGUGGCAGCCUACAGCAUGAGCUAUAGGCCACAUGUACAAAAUGAGCAGUAAUCAUUUGAAUAAGAGGAAAAAGUUUCAUUUGUAUCAGGGAUAAUCUCGACAUGUUAAGUUUGAAUCUGUUUGAAUUGAGGUAAAUGUUUUGUUUUUGAUAGACAUUACUUUGGUUUUACAAAAGAGAAAAUAUACGAACUGGCGCAGUCCUCAAAAAUUUGCAAAGUGACCUUUUUUGAAAAAAGCUAGUCUAUAUACACAUAACUACUGACUUUUUUAUUUGUUGAUUUGAAAGCACAAAAGUAACUUAACUUUUGUUUUCAACUAAGGUGAUAUUCAAAUGCACUGCUUCUUUUGUCAUUGAGGAAAUAACUUAGACCCUGUGAUGGAAUUCUGUUGAUGAUGUUCCUCUGUGACAGUGUGUUAUAGAGUAUAGCCAGUGCUGUAUGUAAAUACAUAUCUCCCAUAAAUUACUAGGGAUUAGCAUGCCUUUAUAUUUUUUAAUAUGAUGUAUGUAGCUGAAAAAAAGUAUUUUAGCAAUAUGUAUGAGGAAAUUUUAAAAGCCACUUUUAGAUGAUUUUGAAAUAAAAUUGAAGCACUCUUUUUAAA